AUGGGUGAAGCUCACCGGCGAAUCACCGACUACCUAACGCGCUUCUCCGACGCCGUCUCCUACCAAGAUGGGAAAUCCCUCAGCCGCCUGCUUUCUCUCUCCUCCGACUCUGCCCUCCUCAUGUCCAUUGCCGACGCUCUCAACACUUUCCAGGAUGCCAACAGAAUUAUGAGGCAAUCCGAGAAAUUUUCGCAGUAUGCAGACAUUAUAGUACCUAUAUUUCGCGCCUUGCAGAGUUAUCGGCUGAGAAAUCUGGUCGAGUCUUAUGUUGCCUUUGAGAAGGGGUCAAAUGCUUUUCUUCAGGAAUUCCGAAACUGGGAAUCAGCGUGGGCUUUGGAAGCACUGUAUGUGAUGGCAUAUGAAAUCAGGGUUCUUGCUGAAAGAGCUGAUAUAGAGUUGGCUUCAUUAGGGAAAACCCCAGAAAAGCUAAAAGGUGCUGGAUCAUUUCUCAUGAAAGUGUUUGGGGUUCUCGCUGGAAAAGGGCCCAAACGUGUGGGAGCUUUAUACGUCACAUGCCAACUCUUUAAAAUUUAUUUCAAGCUGGGGACUGUCCACCUAUGUCGCAGUGUGAUAAGGAGUAUUGAAACUGCAAGGAUUUUUGACUUUGAAGAGUUUCCUGUCAGGGAUAAGGUCACUUACAUGUAUUACACUGGUUGUUUGGAGGUGUACAAUGAAAACUUUCCAGCUGCUGAUCACAAAUUGUCAUAUGCAUUGACACAUUGUGAUGCUAGGAAAGUCACAAACAUAAGGAUGAUACUGAAGUAUCUGAUUCCUGUGAAGCUCUCAAUAGGCAUAUUACCCAGAAUCUCACUUCUUGAGAAGUUCAACUUAAAUGAGUAUACUGGUGUAGUGCUUGCUCUUAAAAGGGGUGAUCUCAGACUUUUAAGACAUGCACUCCAAGAACAUGAAGACAGAUUCUUAAGGUCUGGGGUAUACCUUGUUUUGGAGAAGUUAGAACUCCAAGUCUACCAACGGUUAAUGAAGAAAAUCUAUAUCAUGCAAAAGCAGAAGGAUCCAAAUAAAGCUCACCAAAUUAAGCUAGAUGUUAUUGUUAAAGCACUGAAAUGGCUCGAGAUGGACAUGGAUGUUGAUGAGGUCGAGUGCAUAAUGGCCAUCCUGAUUUACAAGAACCUUGUCAAAGGGUAUUUUGCUCACAAGAGUAAAGUGGUGGUCUUAAGCAAACAAGACCCUUUCCCCAAAUUAAAUGGCAAACCUGUUGGGUCAUAG